CUACUUAAAACUAAUCCUUCAUCCAUGCAUCUUGAGCAUUUGUAAGUGUCGGUGGAUUAUUCUUUUUUACCCCUCUUGCCAUAACACGUGAUCUAAUAUCUGUAUUCUGUUCUGUAGAGUGGAUCUGGAAACACCUAUUUACGAGGAACCUGUCCAAUCAGCUAUCAGCACUGCUACUGUAGAACUUGACCAAGCUUCAUUUGUUAAUCUGAACACUGGUAGCGAUUGCUAUAUAAGCACACGGAUGCAUGCAUAUCAUCAGGCAGCCAUCAGACAACAGCACAACACUCGUAGCAGCGGCGCUCUCGGCCACUCUCUGCCAUCCAUCCAGCAGCCAUGGCGGCCGUGGUGGCAGCUCUGCUGCUGCUCCUAUCGCCGCUCGCCAUGCAGAGCGCAGCUGCGAGGUCUAAGCCCCUGCCCGUCGUCGCACGCGUCAGCAAGGACAGCUCCACCGGCCUCUACCUCAUCAGCGUCAGGAACUACGACGCUAACCCGGUCGUCCUCGACCUCGCCGGCCCGCUCCUGUGGUGGCCAUGCUCUGGGAGGCAAGAGCAGGAGCACCCCAUCCUCUGCAGCUCCGGCACGUGCCACGUCGCCAACCGGAACCACCCGCCCAACUGCCCCUACAUCGACGGGGGCAGGCCGGGGUCCCCGGAGCCCAGCUGCCACUGCACCGCCUACCCCUACAACCCGGUCAACGGCAAGUGCGGCAGCGGCGUGCUCACCUGGGAGUGGCUGUCGGCGAACACCACGGACGGACAACGCCCGCUGUACCCGGUGUCGUUCCGCGCCGUGGCGUCGUGCGCGCCGGAUGACCUCCCGUUCUCCUCGUUCCCGGAGCUCUUCCCGUGGCAGGUGCAGGGGCGGCAGCCGCCCAGCUCACGGUACCCGUACCCCGGCGUGGCGGGGCUGUCGCGGUCGCCGCUCUCGCUGCCGUCGCAGGUCGCGGCGGAGCUCAAGGUGUCCAGCAAGUUCGCGCUCUGCCUCCCGCACGUGGCCAUCUUCGGCGGCGGGCCCGUCCACAUCCCGGGCUCGGCCGACGACGUCGAGACGGUGACCGACCACCUGAGCCGCACCCGCCUCCUCCGGAACCCGAGGAACAGCGCCUACUACAUCGACGUCGCGGGCAUCGCCGUGAACGGCGCGCGUGUGGCCCUGCCGGACGGCGCCCUCACCCUCGACGCCACCGGCCAGGGCGGCGUCGCGCUGAGCACGGUGACGCCCUACACGGCGCUGCGCCCGGACAUCUACCGCGCGGUGCUCGCGGCGUUCGACGCGGUCACGGCCGGCUUCCCGCGCGUUUCCGAGGCGCCCAAUAAGCCGCUGGAGCGCUGCUUCAACCUGACCGUGAUGAACCAGAUGGGGACGUGGACCGGCUCCCUGCCGGUGUCCGUCGACCUGAUGCUGGCCGACGGGAAGAACUGGACGUUCACCAGCCUGAGCGCGACGGACGAGGUGGUCCCGCAGACGCUGUGCUUUGCCUUCGUGGAGAUGGGGGCGGGGACCGCGGCGGCGUACGCGGUGCCUGACUCCCCGGCGGUGGUCGUCGGCGGCCACCAGAUGGAGAACAACCUGAUGGAGUUCGACCUCAAGAAGGGGGUGCUCGGCUACACCGGCCUCAUGUUCGAUCAGAGGAUGGGCGCGUGCAGCAACUUCAACUUCGAAAACGGGCUUGGCCGUUAGCUACUGUGGAUCAUCGAUCCAGGGAUUGAUGAUCUAGAGAUGGAGUUUGUUGCCUACAAGGGAUAGAGCGUUUUCUGUUUUUAUAUGGUUGGUUUAGCGUCAGAAUAAGAGGUUUUGGUGCAUGUGUGCAUGGGUGCGCUAGCUCUUCUGAAAGCCUGCAUUGCACACACGCACGCACCAGUAACUGUUGGUGCAAA